CUUCGCCUCCGCGAACUUCUUCAGCCCGUUCGCCCACUCGCUAUACUGGAGGCCCCGCGGCGUCCGCUGCGCCACGACGCCCGGGCAGUUCCGCGCGACGAUGGCGCAGUGGUCGCUCCAGUUACUGUCGUCGAAAAAUAACAUCCCGUCAUAAUCAAUGCCCGUCGCCUCCCGGAUGAGCGGGAAGUGCGUCUUGGAUUUGUCCGACGACAGCGGCGGCGUCCGCCCGAUCCGGAUGUGGUCCAUCAUAUUCUCGGGAUGACCGCGGCACAAGACCUCGCGCAGCGUCACGCCCGGCACGAUCUCGAGAAUAUCUAGCGCCGCCUGCGCGAUGGCUGCCGCAAACGGCGUGUCCGCCGAGGAGGCCACCGCGAGCUUCGUCGGGUCGUGCUGACCGUCGUGAAACUCCUGCAGGACCCGCAGCGCGUCCGGGAAAAGGCGAAUCACAUCCGAACCGGACCGCACGCCGAUCACGCCCUCUCCUCUUCCAUUGAGGUCGCCACGCACGGGGUCCGACGGCAUCUCGGAUAACGUGAACAUCUCCGGCGACCAGAGGCAGUCGUCCAUGUCCCAGACCACCAAUGCCGGCGUCGCGGCCACCCUGAUGCGCCGUCGCGCCACCGCUGCGUGCCGUGUAAACGCGUGCGCGCGGCGCAUGGCGAGCAGGAGCAUCAGUGCGCCGCGCAUUGCAGCGUGUGACGAUGCAACUUGCUCGAGCGGGCGUGUGGUGCCAGCGUUUGCACUGGCGACUGCCGCACAAUUCGAUGCAAAUGGGUCCAGCGCCUUGCCGUGCACUUAUAGUGCAGCACCUGUCUCGCGGUGGUCGAGAGGAGAGGGCCGGCAAAAAAGCGGAGCUAGCGGCAGUAAGACACUAGCAAGACAAAAAAGCUCGCAGAUCGCGCGCGCCGCGAUUCGCGCGGAGGAAAGCAGCCAAGCAUCGUCGCCAGCACUGCGAAUUGCUCGUUUCGAACGCAUCGAGGCAACCCCGCGCCCAUUUGUUCGGGCGGGCAGCCCAGAAGCAAGAGGGCAGCCCGAAAGGCAAACACAGCUCGCGAUGAGCAGCUGGCGCCCCGGCGACGCGCCGCGCGGCCGCCGCGACUACCGCGACGGUCCGCCGCCGCAGAACUACUACCCGCCGCAGCGCUACGACGACCGCCGCGGCCGCUCGCGGUCGCGCGACCGCGGGCCGCCGCCCGGGCGCUACGAGGACCGCGGGCCGCCCGGCCCGGGCUACGGCUACCAACGUGGCGGCCCGGGCUACGGAAACCAAGGCUACGGACGUCAGGGAGGCUACCAAGGCCGCGACGUCUACCCCCGAGAAAGGCGCCGUGACCAGCCCAUCCGGAAGGGCCGCAUCGGCCCGCGGCCGUCGCGCGAGUGCAUCGCGCUGAAUCGGGAACUCACGAACCCGCGCACCGACGUGCUACAACUCUUCGAUCGGAGGGGCCACGAAUUUAAUGGAGUGAACCUCGCGACGGCAAUUUAUCAACUGGCCAAGCGCCGCGUGAAGAACACGGAGGCCGUCGAGCGCAUGCUCGAACGCGCCGCGGAACGGAUCAAUUCCGACGUGAGCGAGUUCGACGCGCGGGCCCUCGCGAACUGCGCGUGGGGCGCCGUCAAGCUCGAAUCGUCGAACAUGCGUAUUCUAGAUGCCGUGGCCGACGCGACGCCGCGCGUGCUCGAGGACUUCAAUCCGCAAGCCAUCGCGAACACGCUGUGGGCCUUCGCGACGAAAGACGUAGCCGCGCCGGAGUUGUUUGAAACAUUAUCGACCGCGGCCCUGCCGUUGAUGGACCGCUUCAACGCGCAAGAUUUGGGGAACACGGCCUGGGCGUGCGCCAAAGCGGACAAAUGCGAUUCUAGGUUAUUUCAGCGCAUCGAGGCGCAGUGCUGUCGGACCUUGCACAAGUUCGAGCCCCAGAAUAUUUCCAAUGUUGUGUGGAGUUUUGCUACUGCUGGCAUCCCGGCUCCUAAUUUAUUUAGAGCGGUCGCCGACGGUAUCGUCGAGGACGGUCGAAGGAACUCGCACCGCUGGCGGCGCUUCAACGCCCAGGCCUUUGCCAACUUAGUCUGGGCCUACGCUACCGUCAAGCACGACCACCCGCAGAUGUUCGACGUCAUUGAGCAUGCAGCUAUCCAAUGCUUCGACCAGUUCGAUCCCCAGAACCUGGCGAAUUUCGCCUGGGCCUACGCGACGGUCGAGCGGGCCUCGCCCCAGUUGUUCGGUGCUUUAGCGCAAGCUUUGCUGCCUCGUUUGGACGACUUCAUCGCCGAAGGUCUCAGCUCGACGGCCUGGGCCUACGCCAAGGCCGGUAUUGCGGCACCCGCGCUCUUCCGCGAGAUUGCGAAAAAUGCGCAAGCGAAGCUGGGGUCCUUCAACCACCAGGCUUUGUACGUAGCAGCGUCCCAUGUCUCGCCUCGACGGCGUGGAGGGUGUCGAGUCCUAUUCCAACGCCAUCGACGCGAUGCCGUCCCGGCGACCGCGUCGCCUCGACGGCGAGUACCGCACCUCACACACGACGACGCUUACCACACGCAGGGCCAACGUCGCCUGGGCCUUCGCCGCGGCCGACGUCCACGCGCCCGAGCUCUUCGACGCCAUCGCCGAGACGGCAUUAUCUCAAGGAGAGCGCUUCAACUCCCAAGAUUUAGCGAACCUGGCCCAGGCCUUCUCGAACGCUCGGAGGUCCUCGCCGAAGCUCUUCGACUUCAUCGCGAAGACCUGCCUGCAACGCGGGUUGGGGGCGUUCAACUCCCAGGACCUCGCGAACACGGCCUUCGCUUUCGGGACCGCCGGCCACGCGUCCCGGGAAUUGUUCGAUGCCAUCGGCGAGGCGGCGCCGCGCUCGAUCGGGAGCUUCACGGGGCAGGGCCUGGCCAACACCUUGUGGGCCUACUGCGUCUUAGGUGUCGAUGCUCCUGCCUUCUUCACGGCGGCGGCCGAGGCCCUGCCUGCUCAUAUUGAUAGAUUAAGGGAAGACUUCGCGGCAUCUUCUCAGUUAUAUCAGGUCUUCUUGUAUCUACAAAUUGAAAGCCCGCACCAGAAGCUGCUACCCGUCCUCGCGGAGCAUCGACAAAUAUGGCUCGACGCCUUCUGGAACGAUAGUAUAAGACCGUCGCAAUCUCAGUUGGGCGUGUCGCACGCGUUGAAUGUCUUAGGUUGGGAUCACGAGGACGAGCUCAGGACGGAAGAUGGUCUUUCAUUAGAUAUGGCCAACUCCUCCACAAAGACGGUGGUCGAGUUCGACGGGCCGACCCACUACCUCCAAGGGCCCGACGGGCCGUCGCUCGACGGCCGCACGCACUUCAAGCGGCGGCUUUUGGCUCGGUUGGGCUGGACGUGCGCGGCGGUGCCCUACUUCGAGUGGGACCCGCUACUCGCUUCCGGCGCGACGGAGCCGUAUCUGCGGGGCGUGCUCGCUCGGUUGAAGAGCGAGUAAGGUCGUAGUCCUUCGUG